CAACAGAACUAGUAAAGAUCAUAAUGGUGUUAGGAGACUUAAAAAGUACUUGUACUGUUGAAGCCAGGCACUGGCCAGGAGGUAGUGUAUUUCUGAGGAUCAGCAUUAGAUCUGGUUAUCUUUUUCUACUCCUUUUAUCUGGGUUGGGAGAACAUGAGCAAAGAGAAGAUUACAACUGAUGGAAGUGUUAUUGAAGAAGAUGCAGAUGCUGGUGGACAAGAGGAUUCUGUUGGGUGCCUACAGCUCUCAACCUUGUGUUGCUGCAUCCCUAGAAGGCGGAUGCGCUUGCCAGGGAGGAAACCCAAGGACAGAAAGAAAAAAAAUGAGAAAAAGAAGAAUGCCGGUGACGCAUCAUUCAGUGACGCUAUGUCUGACGAAAGAAAGCAGAACAUGGGCCAGGAUCACCGGAGCGUGACCUCCGCAGGUGACUCGGGUGGUAUGCAAACAGAAGGCAUCAAGCCAGCUUUAACAGUGUGCAUCCAGAUCAGUGACAGAACAACUGCAGAUUUCCUUAUACCUGUUACUUUGGGUGAUAUCUAUUCAGAAGGACGAAAAGAAAAAAGUGUUGAACAAACAAGUGGAAAUACUUUAUGUACACAAAACAAAAUACAACAGAAAAUAGAGGAGCCAGAGAGUGUACUGUUUUUAGAACCAGAAAAGGAAAGCAUAGAGGGUGCUGUAUCAGAGGGGGUGCUCCUUGAGGAGGGAAAGGGCCACCUAGUUACAACAACCACAGAAAACAGACAAUGUGGAAGACGUGAACUACCAAGUGCAUUGCUUCAAGGAACAACCUACAAAAAGGAGCCAGAAGGAACAGAAGACAGUGUGAUUUUUAAAUUGGAAGACGCUCCCUCUGAGCAGAUGAAGGAGGAUCAGCUAGAUGUGCUUUUUCAGGAGCUACAACAAUCCAGAGAGCUAGCACUCAGCAGCACAUUGGCUGCUAAUGAAAAUAAACUGGAUAAGGAACAUAAUCCGAGUACUAAUUCUGAAGGUGAAAACUCGUUGCAGGACCAUGAACUUGUUCUGGAUCUUUCUUGUAAAGUAGACAGACAAAUCACCCAGAACCAAAUGAUGUCUGUAUAUAAAGGAGAUCCUCAAAGCAAAAAUGAGGAAUACCAAGACAUAUCCAAUGAGAAGAUGAAGCCAUCUACAGAACCAGAAUGCCCAGACAUUAUUUCCACUAUAUGUGAAAAUAAUGAAUGGCAAGAACAGCAGAAUCUAGACUUUGCAACAGAAGCUUCCUCCAACAAAGUAGAACAUGGCUACUCAAAUUUGCUUGAACAGAAAGACCAAUCGCCUGUCAUACCAAAUGUUGCUAACUUUUCGUUCCAGGCUACAACUCAUGAGAAGAUACAGGAAGAAGUACAAAUCAUUAAAAGCUCCUCAUCAGAUACAUGUCUCAGCAAAUCAGAAGACCAUCAGUGUAGACCCCACCAGGAGGAUCAACAAGAUGCUACAUCAAACAAUAUGUCUGUGUUGCCUGCGGAUGUGACUUGCACAAUAGAUCUGCAAAAUCUAGCUCAUACAAACCCUUUGCUUGAGGAUGUUGCUAUCCACAUUACAGACCAGAACCACACAGAGACUCAGCAACUAUUUUUACUGGAACAAACUAGUAGAUGCUGUUCUAGUGGAAGUGAUGAACAUGAGACCCAAGCUCCUAUUGUAACAGAAGACAUUAACAUAUGUUUUGACAAUAUAAGCCAUGAGAAAGAGCAGCAAAGAAAAUUAGAAUGUGGGGAUUCAGAGCCUGAGGGCAUUUACGACAAGAAGGAUCAGGAUCACCAGGGUACUGGUUACUUGAAAAUGCAACAACUUGCAGUGUUUGCAGAACCUUUGAAAACAAUCCCUGGAGAAGAUCAGUGUGUAAGGAAGGAAGACAUGAACCCUGGCCAGACCGAAAUUCAUCUUCCAGAUGAAGAGUCAACAGAGCCCAAUGACCAAUACAACCUGCCUAUAUUUACAUCUUCUAAAGAGGAAGCAACAACACAGCAACAGCAAAGGCAACAGCUCAUUACGUCCACACAAGAAGGAUGGAACAAAGAAGAGGACCAGCCAGAGUCACGGCUCAUCCAAAAGGAUGCAUCUCUACCAUACGAGGAACAACAGAAAAGGGCAGAAAUGAACCUGGGUGUGACCUGUGAGGCACAUCAGAAGGAAACACAGGGUCUGUCAGACAUCAUAUUCCUUUGUAAUGCUAGGAAGGAGGAGGAAGACUAUGUGUAAAAUAAACACUCCAUUCAUUCUGGAAAAACCUUUACUACUUUCACUGUCUCAGAAAUUAUUUUGACUGAAAUAUGAAAGCUAAAAAUAGAUUUUAAAAAUUUUUUUGCAUUAAAAUACAGUAAAUAUGUAUACAAAGACAAGUAGUAAAAUUGGAAAGAAUUGCUGCAUCAUGACUAUUUAUGGCACCCAUUUGUUUUAGAGCAUAGACUGCUAUAACAUUACAAAGAAAUGAAAUAUAAAGAAGUUAUAGGAUGCAGAAGAACAUCCUAUUAGGCCAAAAAAAAGGAAAGUAAAAAAUAAAGAACACAAAAACAUUAU